GAGGAGGGGGCGGGGCCAUGGCGCGGCGGUGCGCGGUGGUGCUGGCGGCGGCGCUGGCCGUGUGCGCCUUCUACUACCUGGGCUCGGGCCGCGAGACCUUCUCCAGCGCCACGCGCCGCCUCAAGCAGGCCCGCGCCGGGGCCGGGGCCGGGGCCGGGCCGGCGGUGGCGGUGACAGAGGCGGAGGCGGCGGCGGCGGCGGCGGAGGAGGAGGAGGAUGAGGAGGAGGAGGCGGCGGCGGCGGCGGGCGGGGCGGAGCUGUCGGCGCUGGUGAUGUUCACGCGGGCGGGCGCGGGGCUGCGGGCGCGGGCCGAGGCGGCGCUGGGGUCGCUGCUGGAGGCGGCGCGCCUGGGCCCGGCCGAGCGCCUGCGCCUGCACGUGGUGACGGACGCGCCGUCCCGCGCCCUGGCCCGCCCGCUCCUGCGCGCCCUCCGCGCCCCGCCGCGCUGCCAGGUGACCUUCCAUGACGUGGACGCGCUGACCGAGAAGCUGUUCCCCAUCGUCGAGGCCAUGCAGAAGCACUUCAGCGCCGGCUCGGGCGCCUACUACAGCGACUCCAUCUUCUUCCUCUCGGUGGCCAUGCACCGCAUCAUGCCCGAAGAAAUCCACCGCGUGAUCCAGGUGGACUUGGACCUGAAGUACAAGGCCAACAUCCGGGACCUGUUUGAGGAGUUCGACAAGUUCCCGCCAGGAGCCGUCAUCGGGAUAGCCCGGGAGAUGCAGCCGGUGUACAGGCACACGUUCUGGCAGUACCGCCGGGAGAACCCGCACACCAAGGUGGGCGACCCCCCGCCAGAUGGGCUGCCGGGCUUCAACAGCGGCGUGCUGCUGCUCGACCUGGAGGCCAUGCGCCGCUCCCCGCUCUACAACCGGCUGCUGGAGCCGGCCGCGCUGCAGGAGCUCACGGAGAAGUACCACUUCAAGGGGCACCUGGGGGACCAGGACUUCUUCACCCUGGUGGGCAUGGAGCAUCCCGAGCUCUUCCACGUGCUGGACUGCACCUGGAACCGGCAGCUCUGCACCUGGUGGAAGGACCAUGGCUACAGCGACGUCUUCCACCACUAUUAUGCCUGCGAGGGCCCGGUCAAGAUCUACCACGGGAACUGCAACACGCCCAUCCCCGACGACUAGCACCCGCCCUGCCGCCGCCCCCCACGGGCCUGGAGCGCACAGCAAGGGGUAGGUGGGGGCACCAGCACCGCACCCCCUGGCCGCCACGGGACCGCUCCGUAACACUUCCAUAGCCUGUAGCUUCACCCUGCAGGGAGGCAGAGUGACCUAGUGGUUAGCGUAGGACCCCAGGCAGCAGCCCAGCGCUGACCCUGGCUUACCUCAUGACCCUGGGCACAUUGCGGGGGCCCUUCGCAGCCUGGUUUCAUUCCCUCUGAAAUGGGGAUCGUCACCGUUACCCUCAUCCCAGCGCAGUCCUGAGGCCAGUUUACCUAACAAAAGCCCAGAGCCCCGUGCGUGCCGGGCCCACGUGCCCGACAGCUCCGCGGCGCAGCCGCUCGCCCGGCCGUUGCGCAGCACGGCCCAUCGCUGUCCAUCCGCACCUGGGAACCGGGGCAUGGUGCCCUGCGCCACACGCCUGGUGUCAGCGCCCUCGGCGGGCUGGCCCCGGGUGGGGAGGGGUUGCGUGUACACCGAGCUGUGUUGGUGACAUGGCAGUGCUGCUGGGUUGUUGGGACCACAGGCGAGAUGGGAGCGUGGAAACUUGCCUCCCGUUCCCAGCCACAAAGCGUUACUGCACGGCUCCUCAGAGCCACUCGGUGCACCUGGACCUGGACCAGGAGCUUCCUUUGUCCAGCUUCCCCCAACCUUUUGUACGGCCGUGCAGCUGUACGGCGCCCUGCCCUUGUCGGCUUCCCGCGGCCUGAAGCUUCAGGCAAAUGGAUUUUGUAUGAAUAUUUUCUUUUCUUUCACUCUGGUUAGGAUGUAGCCAGCACACAGCUGUUGGGUAGGUACGGCACCGUGUCCUACAUGCCUCAGCCGUGUGCAGUUGCAGGAGUGUCCCCUGUCAGGCGCGUAAUAAAGUGUAUUCUCAUCCAUUAUUA